UAGUUGUAGCAGUACUAGAGCCCAAGCCAUUUGGGGCUUUAUAGACUUUGCCAAAUAUGUUAGACCUUUAGUGGGUGGCCAAUGGGGAGCCAAGAUUUAAGAGAGCGGGGUGUGACAAGUCUAGAUUUGUAUUUUUGGAAGAUCGCUGGCAGCUGGAGUGUAGGAGACAAGAGUAAAAAGCAGGAAGACUAUUUACAGUAUCCAGGCGAAAGACGAUGGAAGCUUGAACAGAGCAAUGGCUGAGGAAACCAAAAUAAGUGGAUGAAUUUUAGAUGUAUUUUGCAAGUAGAGCCCACAGGGCUCCUGAUUAAUAUAAAAUUUAACUAGCACAGUAAUCGUACAAAGUCCAAUAUCCCUCCCAGCAAAGGAAUCAACUAAUGUGGUUAUUGAGAAGUUGCGGGAUUUCCCUUUUCCCGUGACGCUCAGGACUUGCCGUGCAUUCCGGCAGCGCAAACAAACCGCACGUACAAGACUGGGUUCCUUAGCCCGCGCAAAGGACUCACAUGACUUUAUCACCUGGAGGUCAGUGGCGUGGAACCGCAGUUUCCCGGACAACGCCAUUGUCGGGUGCUGCGGGCGGGGGAGGGGUAACUAAGGACAACUGCCGGAAGAGAACUCAGAAGAGACGGAGAGGAAGAGAGGGGAAAAUGGGCAGCACGUGCCGCGGCCCGGGCCAUCGCGGGUGAUUCGAGGGCUCUGCACGAGAAAAGAGCGGAGGGUAGGAGGGGCCGGAGAACGCUGUGAUUGGCGGGCCGGGGUACUGGGACGCUUGCGAUUGGACGAGGCCACGACGGAGGGCGGCUUUUUGAACCGCGUAGGGUUCUGGGUAGCAAAGGCCUUGGAAGGGCCUUAACCGAAAGGGGGAGGGGGAAGGUCACCAACAAACGGCUGAGCUCACAAUCCCGGCAGAGAGCAGGCCGGGGCGUCCCCCUCCCCCCAUGGAGAGAGCCAGGCCGGAGCCGCCACCUCAGCCUCGCCAACUGCCGCGGGCGACUCCGCCGCGCCCACUGCGCCCAGCUCCGCCCCCACUGUCGGUCGAGGGCACCCCUUUUCGGGCAGCAGCUUUCGAGCCCCCUGUGUCGCCGCCUGCUCUGUGCGCGGCCGCCAUUGCUGCCGUGGCCUCGUCGUGCGGGGAGGCUGCGGCGUCGAGCGUACAGCAGUCGGCACGGCGGCUGCUACAGGUGAAGCCGGAGCAGGUGUUGCUACUGCCGCCAGGGCCACCACUGCCUCAGGCCCGGGACGAAGGCCCUGUCGCCUCGCCCGCGCAGGCGCGGCUGCUGCAGCUGAGGCCCGAGCUGCUGCUGCUGCCACCCCCGCAGCCCACGUCGGAGGGCCCCCCUUGCAGGCCCGAGUUGCAUCCGAUGCAGCCCCGGGCGCUGCACGUCAAGGCUGAAAAGCAGGAACCAGGCCACUGCUUUGAUUCUUCCGUGGGGCUUCGGAGGGCAGUCGAAGUGGGGCCUAGGACCUCAAGGGCGGCCAAGGUGGAAGGCCUGGGGCCGGCCCUCGACAGUCGCCGAGGGGACGAGAAGAAAGGCAAAUUAGAGGCGGAGGAUGUCAUGAGGAACGCGGCGAAAGGCGGGGAAGGCAAAAGCCUGUCGGCCAUCAGAGAAGGAAUCAUCAAAACGGAGGAGCCCGAGAGACUCCGCGAGGACUGUAGACUCGGCUCGGAAACCACGUCUAAUGGGCUGGUCCAUGGCAGCAAGGAGGUCAUCCUGGCCCAGCCGACCAGCGCCUUUGGGCCGCACCAGCAAGACCUCAGAAUCCCUUUGACUCUCCACACGGUCCCCCCUGGGGCCCGGAUCCAGUUUCAGGGACCUCCACCUUCAGAGCUGAUAAGAUUGGCCAAGGUCCCCUUGACACCAGUGCCUAUUAAAAUGCAAUCGUUACUGGAGCCUUCUGUAAAAAUCGAAACCAAAGAUGUCCCGCUCACCGUGCUUCCCUCCGAUGCAGGAAUACCAGACACUCCCUUCAGUAAGGACAGAAAUGGUCAUGUGAAGCGACCCAUGAAUGCAUUUAUGGUUUGGGCAAGGAUCCACCGGCCAGCACUAGCCAAAGCUAACCCAGCAGCCAACAAUGCAGAAAUCAGUGUCCAGCUCGGGUUAGAGUGGAACAAACUUAGUGAAGAACAGAAAAAACCUUAUUAUGAUGAAGCACAAAAGAUUAAAGAAAAGCACAGAGAGGAAUUUCCUGGUUGGGUUUAUCAACCUCGACCAGGGAAGCGAAAACGCUUCCCUCUAAGUGUUUCCAAUGUAUUUUCUGGUACCACACAGAAUAUCAUCUCUACAAAUCCUACAACAAUUUAUCCUUAUCGCUCACCUACCUACUCUGUGGUAAUUCCCAGCCUACAGAACACCAUCACUCAUCCAGUUGGCGAAGCCCCACCUGACAUCCAGCUGCCCACACCUGCAGUCCAGCGCCCAAGCCCCAUCACACUUUUUCAGCCCAGCGUCUCCAGUACUGCCCAGGUGGCCGUCCAGGCUCCAAAUCUGCCCCUCCGCCCAGCACUCCCCACCCAGCGCUUUGCUGGGCCCUCCCAAACGGACACUCAUCGGCUGCAUUCCGGAGCCAAUCGCUCUGUGAAGAGACCCACACCUGUCUCUCUGGAGAGCACCAACAGGAUUCCAACUAGUGCAAGUACUGCCCAUGCCAGAUUUGCAACCUCAACCAUCCCACCUCCCAAGGAGUAUCCCAGCGUUUCCACUUGUCCCAGAAGUGCUCCAAUCCCCCAGGCUCCUCCUAUUCCACACUCACAUGUCUACCAGCCCCCUCCCCUUGGCCAUCCAGCCACGCUGUUUGGGACCCCACCGCGAUUCUCUUUUCAUCACCCUUACUUCCUACCUGGACCUCACUACUUUCCAUCAAGCACGUGCCCUUAUAGUCGGCCUCCCUUUGGCUAUGGAAAUUUUCCAAGUUCAAUGCCAGAAUGCCUUGGUUAUUAUGAAGACAGGUACCAAAAACAUGAGGCUAUGUUUUCAGCUUUAAAUAGAGACUAUCCUUUUAGAGACUACCCAGAUGAACGCACACACAGCGAAGAUUCUCGGAGCUGUGAGAGCAUGGAUGGGACCUCUUACUAUAACAACCAUAGCCACAGUGGGGAAGAAUACCUAAAUCCCAUGCCACAGCUGGACAUUGGAGCCUUGGAGAACGUCUUCACAGCCCCGACGUCAACUCCCUCUAGCAUCCAGCAAGUCAAUGUCACUGAUAGUGAUGAGGAGGAAGAAGAAAAAGUGCUCAGGAAUUUAUAA